AUGUCUCUUCCCAAAUCCCAUGACAACAGUUCCUUCUUCCAACCAUCAGCUUUCCUGCUAAUUGGCAUCCCAGGCAUGGAAGCUGUACAUGGAUGGGUCUCCAUCCCCUUCUGUUCCAUGUAUACUCUGGCUCUCACAGGCAACUGCCUGAUCCUGCUAGCUGUGAAAAGAACUCCCAGCCUGCAUCAGCCCAUGUAUUACUUCCUGUCCAUGUUGUCUCUCACUGACUUGGGACUCACUUUGUGCACACUUCCCACCACCCUGGCUGUGCUAUGGUUUGACUAUCGACGCAUAGCCUUUGAUGCCUGCUUGACCCAGAUGUUUUUCCUCCAUUCUUUCUCUGUUGUGGAAUCUUCAGUGCUGCUAGCCAUGUCUUUUGACCGUUUUGUGGCCAUCUCCAACCCACUGCGCUAUGCAUCUGUCCUUACCAACAGUGCCAUUGGCAGGAUUGGAAUGGCUAUUGUGACUCGUGCUACUGUUUCUCUCUUCCCUGUGCCUUUCCUGCUGAAGAGGCUGAACUUCUGCCCCGGGAAAGUCUAUCUUUCCCACUCAUUUUGCUUUCAUGCGGACAUGAUGAAGAGGGCCUGUGCUGACAUCACUGUCAACAUACUAUAUGGGCUCUAUGUCGUGCUGUCCACUGCAGUUGUGGAUUCCUUACUAAUUGCUCUCUCCUAUGGACUCAUAUUACAUACUGUAAUGGGUUUAGCUUCUCGAAGAGAACGGGUUCGGGCCCUCAACACGUGUGUUUCCCAUAUUUUAGCUGUUCUGGUCUUCUAUAUCCCAGUAAUUGGAGUGUCCAUUAUCCACCGCUUUGGUAGACAUGCACCCCCCAUUGUGCAUGCCCUUGUUGCAUAUGUCUACUUAGUAGUGCCCCCUGUGCUCAAUCCAAUCAUCUACAGUGUCAAAUCCAAGCACAUUCGAGAGGCACUGAUCAAGAUGUUAAAGAAGAAGGAUCAGGGUUGA